AUGGAAAUACCUGCCAAUUAUAAUUUGCUUCUAGGGAGACCAUGGAUCCACAUGGCAGGGGCAGUACCAUUCUUACUCCAUCAAUCUGUAAAAUUUGUCUGGGAAGGGGAAGAAGUGGUGAUCCACGGAGAAGCCAGCAUGCACAAUUACCCAGACAACUCUGUACCUGUCAUUGAAGCUGCACCUAAAGGAACAGAUUUCCAUGUCAUGGAGUUAGUGGGAGCAGCCCACAAGAUAGAUUCCCUGGAAGCUCUCAUGCCAGCGGUUUACAAAAUGAUUGCUUCCACUAUGAUCCUGAACUGGUUUGAACCUAGGAGGGCAGAAGAAGAAAUACCUACUAAGAAGAAGCAAGAGGUUGUGGAUCUUCACAAACCCAUUCCAAACCUAUACCAGUCAUUCCCCCACAGAAUGCCUAUACCUGGAGAUACUGACAUUGAAGAAGGGAUAAGGAUGCUAUUCCAAGAAGAAGAUUGCUUUGUGAUUCUGGAAAUCUACCAUGAGAUUUUAAUGGACAGAGAGGAUGUCGAGAAAAUAGCCUUCAUCACUCCAUGGGGAGUGUACCAUUACAGGAUAAUGCCUUUCGGCCUCAAGAAUGCCGGCGCAACCCGAAGGGGCAUAGAGCUAGACCCAAUAAAGAUCAAGGCAAUCCAAGAAUUACCUCCUCCCCAAACUAAGAAAGAAGUCGUGAGUUUUCUGGGAAGGCUAAAUUACAUUGGGCGUUUCAUAGCUCAAUCCACCAUCAUUGUAGAGCCCAUCCUCGAGCUUUUGAAAAAAAAUGCUCCUACAAAAUGGAUAGAGGAGUGCCAAGAGGCAUUCGACACUAUCAAGAGAUACCUGUCCAACCCACCAGUAUUGGUACCACCAAGGCCCGGGAGCCCAUUGCUGCUAUACUUGUCAGUUGUUGAAAAGGCCUUCGGUUGCAUGUUAAGGCAACACGAUGAAGAAGGGAAAAGAGAGCGUGCCAUUUACUAUCUGAGCAAGAAGUUCACAGCCUAUGAGGCAAGAUAUAUACUAGUGGAGAAAACCUAUUGUGCUCUAAAUUGGGUGGCUCAGAAAUUGAGACAUUAUUUGUCUUCGUACACCACUCACUUUAUAUCUAAGACAGAUUCAUUGAGGUACAUAUUCCACCAGCCCAUGCCCGUUGGGAAGCUGGCCAAAUGGCAGAUGUUGUUCUGUGAAUUUGACAUCGUGUACAUAGCCCAGAAAGCCGUUAAAGGACAGGAUUUGGCUGACUUACUAGCUGCAAGCCCGGUGGAUGAAGAGCUCGAACCACUUCACACCCAUUUCCCAGACCAAAGGGUGUUGGCCAUAGAAGAAGGACAAACAGAAUCUUAUACUGGCUGGAAACUGUUCUUUGACGGAGCAGUGAAUUACAAAGGUUCCGAAAUCGGAGCAGUCUUGAUAUCAGAAAAUGGGAAACACUACCCCAUGGAUGCCAAGCUCAAAUUUCAUUGUACCAAUAACACGGCUAAAUACGAGGCCUGCAUCAUAGGUCUCAGAAUGGCACUGGAUAUAGACAUCAAUAAAUUAUUGGUCAUUGGAGAUUCUGACCUGUUGAUUCAUCAAGUACAAGGCGAAUGGGCCACCAAGAAUGAAAAUAUCUUGCCAUAUGUGAACUUGGCACAAAGAUUGUGCAAGAAAUUCAGAAAGAUCGAAUUUUGA